CCUGGUCCUCUAUGAGCACACUACAGCAGCUGCAAGCCCAUGACAUGUGCCCAGCCUGCUGCGUCUGUGGCCCCCAGCUCCACUCUUGAUUGACUUUGGAUGUCAGCUCAGAGGGGCACAGGAGUUUUAAGGAAGAGUCUCAAUUUUUUUUAAUUUAUUGUGCUUUUUUUUUGGUCAAUCUGUCAAUCUGGGGCUGUUAUCUGAUGACAUGAUGACUGCCAAAACUAUAGAGAAAAUCCCAGUGACUAUUGGUGGAUUUGUGCAUCAGAUGCCAGAGGCUUUUUACCCUGUGGAUGAGUCUUCAUUGCCCACCUCUGUCACCAUCUUCCCUAAUGUCGAUCCAUUUGAACAGAUGACUGGAGAUGGCAUGAUCAAUGUGGACAUGAACGGCGACAAGAGGUCCCUGGAUCUAUCCUACUCGGGCUACCCCUCUGCUCCUCGCAACCAGACCUUCACCUAUAUGGGCAAGUUCUCCAUUGACCCCCAGUACCCAGGGGCUAGCUGGAACCCAGAGGGCUUCUUUAACAUCGUCAGUGCCGGCAUCCUGGGAGUGACCCCCUCUUCAUCAUCCUCCACAACUUCUUCCAACGCCUCCUCCCUGUCCCCCAACCUGAGCUGCAGCAUGGCGCACGGCCAGAACGACCUGGAGCACAUGUACUCGCCCCCUCCGUACUCCAGCUGCGCCGAGAUCCCCGUCUACCAGGACAGCUCGGCCUUCCUCAGCACGGGCACCCCUCUCUCCUACCCACCGCCGUCCUACCCUUCCCCCAAACCAGCCUCGGACGGCCCCAUAUUCAACAUGAUGCCGGAGUACCCACCUCUCUUCCCAAACACCUGCCAAAGAGACCUGCACCCCAUGACAGACCGCAAGCCCUUCCCGUGCCCCUUGGACUCCAUCAGGGUGCCCCCUCCUCUCACCCCUCUGUCCACCAUCCGCAAUUUCUCCCUAGGGGGCGCCACCAACGAGGGAUCCCGGCUCCCCAGUGCCUACAGCCCCCCAAAUCUUCCUCUGCGACCCAUCCUCAGACCCAGGAAAUACCCCAACCGCCCGAGCAAGACUCCGGUGCACGAGAGACCCUAUCCGUGCCCGGCGGAAGGCUGCGAUCGCCGCUUCUCCCGGUCUGAUGAACUGACCAGGCACAUUCGCAUCCACACCGGUCACAAGCCUUUCCAGUGCCGCAUCUGCAUGAGAAACUUUAGCCGCAGCGAUCACCUGACGACGCACAUCCGCACCCACACGGGGGAGAAGCCUUUCGCCUGCGACUAUUGCGGCAGAAAGUUUGCCCGCAGCGACGAGCGCAAGCGACACACCAAGAUCCACCUGCGACAGAAGGAGAGGAAGAGCUCGGCGAGCGGAGCGACGGCGGCACCUAGCGGCAGCACGGGGAACGACCGCUCGCUCGGCCUCAGCCCUUGCUCUGCAGCUUCCUCCAGCAGCGCUCAGAUGGGACUGUGUCCUAAUAGGACAUCAUAGGGACAUCAAAGGGACAAUAAUAGGGAUUAAUAUCACUGUCAUUCCAGGGCCAGCACCACUAUACGUAGAGUUACUGGGACUCAGACUGGAAGAUGCUGGCUCAGGUACUGCAGAGAGGAUGCUGCUCUCAGUGUGACAGCCAUUGUGUUGUGGAGAGUGUCUGUUCCGUGUUCCAUCAGUGUUCACUCUGUACUUUACAGCACUGGUCCUAUAGGAGACUACUAACUAGCCAGAUGUAUACAGGGAGGGCCCCAUCUGUAAAGACUAGCACUACAAUGUCAGGGGCCUAGUCUAACUAAGCCCGGCUAGGUGCGUUUGUGGCCACGAUCAGCCAAUCUCUCAGACGUCAUCUUAAAAAUGGAGGCGGUACAGAUGGAAAGGAUUUUCGCUAAAGUCGGUACAUGUAUGCAGUUAGGGGUGGUUUCACGCGCAGCCGUUUCUCGGUGCAAUUUUUGACACUUUUAUUUAGACGCGAAACCAAAAGUAAUGGGAAAAAACUAAGCAAGAGCUUAGCCUGACUGCGCAGCAUGUCAACGGUUUGUGGGAUUAUCUGCGCAGGUCUGACCAUCUGCGCCAACUCCGCAUCAAAUCCGAAAGUAAGCCAUGCGGAUUUGGUGAGGAAACGCAGAGAAAUCCGCACGGAAAUCCAUGAGGAAUUUCUGUUUUCAAACCCGCGCUGGUGUGCAGGUACCCUUAGGGCAGGUUUUAGGGCUCAUGGACACAAACGUAUUUGUUUUCUGUAUCCAUUCUUUUUUUUUUUUUUUGCUGCCCGUAGGCAGAACCAUUCACUUCAAUGGGUCCGAAAAAAGAAAAGAAAAGAAAAUUACUCCGUGUGUGUAUUCCGUUUCCGUAUAUCCAUUCCGUAA